UUGACAAUCUUUGAUAAGUAUCUCUUUCUUUGUUUUCUUCAACAAGAAUAUCACUUUGGUGAUUUAGUGUGCGCUCAACUCAUCGAGGGAGCAAAGAAUGAGAACCUUGUCGUGAAGGGCCCCAUUCGUCUCCCAACCAAGGUACUCCGCAUCACUACUCGCAAAACUCCUUGCGGAGAGGGAUCCAAAACAUGGGAUCGUUUUCAGUCAUACAUAGUACUAAUAUCGUCUGAUACAAGCUCCUCUUUCCAGAUGCGCAUCCACAAGCGUCUGAUCAACCUGCACACACCUGCUGAUCUCCUGCGUCAGAUUACCUCAAUCUCCAUCGAGCCCGGAGUCAACGUUGAGGUCACUCAGGCCAACUAA